CUGUCAUAACAACAGCAAACAAACAAAAAAAUAAACAAAACAUCAUUGAAGUUUUUUAAAUCGUAAAGAAUCCUUUAAGAUAUUAUUUAUUAAAAUGUCUUUAAGUGGAUACGACUCGGAAGCUAUCGGUUUCGAUAGUAUUACUUCCGAGAAAAAGGCGGGAACUGAAAUUUCCACUCAGACCAAUGACUUUAAGGAGUACGGUAUUGGUUGUCAGACGUCCAUUUCCAAAGACGUUGGCUGCUCCGCCGAGCCCGAGGACUUGAAUGCAGAGGAUGAUGUACUAAGAGAGUAUCCUCCACCAGGUCUUAACGCGUUCCUCAGGAAGGUGGUACCCGGCAUGAUGGAACAACUAGACCAGAACGAAAAAGAUAUGCCGUACAAUUCUUCUGAUUCCGAUGAAGAAGAAGCUGUAACUGCUAAGAUCCUUCAAGAGAUAAACGUAGAUGGGCAAGGGUUAGGCGCUGGUGACCACAGGUCUUCAAUCCUUGGGGUAACUUGGAGCAGCACUGGGAAUACACUAGCUGUCUCCAUAGGUGAGAAGUAUCAUGAGACUUGGUGCGAACACCAAGGUCAGAUCAAAGUAUAUACCAUGAAGAACUUUGAAAGUAAAUUGACCCAUACCCUUGAUAUUAUGGAGAAGAAUUGCGUGACUGUGGUGAAGUAUCACCCAGCUGUGUCAGCUCUGCUCGCGUACGGCACAGUU